CAGUUGCACUGAUCACCUCGAUGGCACAGCUCACGCGCUGCCUUCUGCUUCCUGCUCUUCUGCUCUUGUCUCUGCCAGCGCCCCCGGCCCACUGCCUGUCUCCCGUCCUGCAGGAGAGCAGCUCAAAGACGCCCCCAUCCCCAACUGCUGACCUCAGGGGCGAUGCAGAGGUCAGUGUGGAUCCCCAUGAGAGCAACUCCCCACACCCCCUCAACAGGAUUCUGCAGCCAGAUGGGCGGAGCCAGGGGGAGUGGAACCGGAAGCUACUGCAGACUGGCUCGGGCCCCUACGCCCCCCUGAGUGUGGCCCCUGGGGGGAGGACCUGCAUCCUGUUCCGCGCACGCAAGAUGGCCGUCAGCCACCACAACCUCACCGCCGUCGACCUCACCAAACACACCUUCGGCCCCGCCGCUACUGUGGACACCACUGACUCUACCUGCAGCCAGGACAGAGCAGUGCUGUCUCUCAACUUCGGAGAUGUGGAGCAUCUGAAGGGAUUGGUCAUCAGGCUGGAGAUGUCCAACACCGUCUCUGAGACCACAGAGCAGACCUGGUUCACCCUGGACAGUGUUCAGAUCCACUAUAACCGGCAGCUGGAGGCCCGGUUCGACGCCCCGGAGAUUUAUGCCCCUGCCACAAACUCCUAUCACUGCCAGCGCGUCAGCAGCCAGCAGAAAUACGACUCCAUGCUGCUGCCCCGGCGAGCGGGGGUCAGCGAGGGGGGGCCCAGCGAGGGGGGGCCCAGCUGGCACAUCACUUUCACUGACUUCCAGAUCCAGGCCUUUGAGCUGCAGUCGUCGCAGCGCUUCGGCACGCCGCGGGACUGUGCGUCUGCGCUGACGCCGGCGGUGCUGAUGGGGCUGGUGACGUCGCUCAUCCUGCUGCUGGUCCUGGCCUACGCCCUGCACAUGGUGGUGCACCUCAAGCACAUCGAGCGCUACGAAGAGCACAAGACCACCGUCUACUUCCCCCGCAGCCCCGACGCUGACCGCACAGACAAGCCCGGGUCCUGAGAACCUGCGUCUCCAACCUCACCCCCGAGGGGGGCUGCCCCCCCUCCGA